GCCUUAACAGUGUACGGACCGCGCUCGCGUUAUCAGUUGCUAUCGGCUAACGAAAAUUGUUUACGAUAUCGUAUUGCUUUAAUUAGCAAAAAAUAUUACAAGAGUGCUUACGUAUGAAAUUUUGCAUUCGGUCAACUGUGAAGUUGGUGUUUUUGUCGUGUCAAUAGUGCAGUGACUGCAUGUUAAAUAGGGUGCAGUAACAAUUACCAAGUGAAGUGCGUAACGUGUUGUGUUGAAUUCGCGAUAUCCUCGUGAGCAGAGUGACUGAUGGAAAAUUGUUUUGUUGUGCGUCAAAGAGGGCGAAAUGCUGGCCCUCGUUGUUGCGACUAACGAACGUGGAUACCGACAAAACGGCAGAAACAACGCUCCUUGCCCCACAGACGGGCGGUGCGGACAGCGCAAGCGGCGGGUCUGGCGGCUCGGGCAUGGAGUGCAUGCAGUUGCGCUCACCGCCUGGACCCUUCCACUACCUCAUCUCGGAGCAAGUUAAAUCUCUGGUCGCACUACAGGAACUCCAGAAUGAGGUCGGCGCUCUACUUGAAUUCCGCGACCUCGUCAUCGAGACGUUUCCCAACUUACGCUCGAAAAUGGCGCCUUCUACGCCGGCCAGUGGCACCCGGCGAGAUUGGGAGCCUGGCGUCCGCGUACGACGCAAACUUGCGGCUGGCAGCAGCGAUUCAACCCGCGCCAAACCCCAACCGUCCGUGCAGGAUUCCGGCUUCAGCACCGAGACCUCUUGUAGCAAAGACGCCCAUUCGUCAGCUUCAGCGCCAUCCGCAUCGCGUUCUCGCCCCGUCGAAGACGAAUUAUGGGCGCUGCUUGACGUCAUCCAACGCAAGGGAUCCCGGCUGCGAGAUGAGGCGGAAUUACUUAGAGGGGAACUCGAUGAGAGACAGUCGGAUACGGCGGAAGAGUCGUUUGCCCGUCACUUGUCACAUGGAUGUGCGGAUGCUGAUGUUGUGAGACUCAGGAGUGAGAGAGAUGCACUGUUGGCUCGCGCCGCUCAGCUCGAAGCAUUAGCGGCGACCAGUCCUCCUCCGGCACUCAGCACACCGUUAGGAAGACUCGACACUACGUUAGAGACUCCACAUAGACCUCCUAGAGUCUCUAACACGGACAAAAAGAAGUUCACGGCGAUUCUCCAAGAGAGUAAUCCUGUCGAACUGAGAAGACAACUACUAUGCUCUAUCGUACAGAAUCAGGUGUACAGUGAUCAGCUAAAGCGAGCGGCCGAACAGCGUUCGAUGCUAUUGGAAAAGCUCGAAAGGGCGACUGAGCAGAACGAAGAUUUGAAAUUUAGGCUGGAAGAGAAAAGUGUAGAGCUGGACAGCGUAAAAUCUAAACUUCAGAAGAAUAGUAGCGAGAGUCUAGAACGUCGCGAUCACAAUAGCAUGCGCGACAUGGAGCCUCUGAACAUGCCCGAUGAGGCCAAAAUAUCUGAGACGCCGCGCCGCAAGCCUAGCAAGAUCCCCCUCCACACUGCUCACAAGGGGGCAGCGCCGCGGCCCCCCCUGCCCCCGGGCCCCCCGCGGCCAUCCUCGGCCCACAGCAGCCGAUCGGCGAGAUCGACCACCUCAGCCCGCAGCCGGACCUCAAGGGACACAUCGACGGUCAGCCGAAAGGAACACAAGUCCGCCGUUCCCGUCCGACGCGCGCCGGACAACAAGAAGCAAGAUGUGCAUGUGGAAGUGAGUAGCGAGGCCGACCGCUAUCGUGAUUCUAUUGACGCAAAGCGGAUCGAAGCUGGCACCCAAUUGGUGGCCGAAUAUCUAGCCAGAACCGAUCGCUUGGCGCCUCUAUUCCCCAAAUUACACACGGUAAGAACACGGCCGCUGCCAGAAAACCUUCUACAAGAUUGCCGAAUCGCCUACGAAACCCCACAGAACUUAGCACUAGAGCUAUCGAAGAGCAUCCUAUACGAUAAUUCAGAUUCGAUCGACCUGAAGACUCUGAAUAUCAAUUCCGACGCGUCACUCUGGGACGGCAAACCUCAACAGUACUUUGAAAGUAUGAAUGAGAAUUUAAGGGAAUUCGAUGAUGAUUCACUCGCUUCCUAAGUGAGUCUAAAGUUAAUAAUCUGUGCAGUCAUAGAUUGUAAUCUGUGGAAUUUCGCCCAUAGAUAUUAAAAUGUUUAUGGUUUUUAAAUGUUUCGAAUAUUGAUUGUGGGCGCGUGAGUGUAAGACAAAAAUGCUAUAAUUGAACUGAUUGUAUUGCAUUUGCUUGUUUUUUUAUGAAUUUUCAGCAUGUUUGUACAAAAAUUUCGAAUUUUUCUGUAUGAUUUUUUUUAAUGCGUUGGUGAAUUCUCUGUAUAUAGUAAUAUCUGUGAUAAUUUCACAUUAUUGGUUUUUUUGAAUGUGUAUGGAAUUAAUUUAAAUUUAAUUAAUUAAAAUUUAUUGUUUAUUUGCCGAUGUUAAUAGGUGUAAGGUAAAUUGUUGAAUUACCAAUAUGAGAUAAUUUUGGCAAUAUAAGCAGUCAUUCCUAAGCCUUUGGCUAGACUGUAGAGUAUGUUUGAACGAGGAAGGCUGUGAAAUAGCGUAAAUGCUAUCACUAUUAGAGGUCGAAUAAAUUAUAAGUGUAUUCGUAAGCUGUCACAUAAGAAAAAAAUCUGUACGCCUGUAAAAACAGCUAAAUUCAUAAAUUAAGUAUAAUUAAAUGUUGUAGACAAUUUGAUUGAAUUGUUCGUCAUAUUAUGAAAAUUUAUUUAACAUCUACAGCUAUGAAACAGCUUACAGAAUAUCGGUGACACGGUAGCUUCGUUAUCUAGCUUAACGUCCAAACGUCCAUGAGUCCUUAGCGACUUUUUAUUUGGCUAUUUAAAGGCUAUUUCUUUUUCUUUUAAAAAUA